AUGGUCUUAAAUGGCAGUCGCAGGCGCAUCUCUGUUGGCUGGGGCUAGGGGCGGGCACUCGCCUUGUAGGGAGUGCAAGCGUGCGCGCGGGCGGUAUAAAGCCGCACGGCGCACCGCAAGCCCUCCACUACCGCCGCCGCGACCGUCCGGACCGCGCUGUAACUAGUGAUAUCGUGUGGAGUGUGUGGUGUAGUCAGCAAACAUGUGUGAUGAUGAUGCGGGCGCGCUUGUUGUGGACAAUGGGUCCGGGAUGUGUAAGGCAGGCUUCGCGGGCGAUGACGCUCCGCGCGCCGUGUUCCCGUCCAUCGUAGGCCGCCCCCGGCACCAGGGCGUCAUGGUGGGUAUGGGUCAGAAGGACUCGUAUGUAGGAGAUGAGGCUCAGAGCAAAAGAGGUAUCCUCACGCUCAAAUAUCCCAUUGAACACGGCAUCAUCACCAACUGGGAUGACAUGGAGAAGAUCUGGCAUCACACGUUCUACAAUGAGUUGCGUGUCGCUCCUGAAGAGCACCCAAUUCUGCUGACGGAGGCACCUCUUAACCCCAAAGCGAACCGUGAGAAGAUGACACAGAUCAUGUUUGAGACGUUCAACUGCCCGGCGAUGUACGUGGCGAUUCAAGCCGUGCUGUCCCUGUACGCGUCCGGUCGUACAACCGGUAUCGUGCUGGACUCCGGCGAUGGUGUUUCCCACACGGUGCCCAUUUACGAAGGUUAUGCUUUACCCCAUGCCAUCCUUCGAUUGGAUUUAGCCGGCCGUGAUCUUACCGACUACCUCAUGAAGAUCCUGACGGAGCGCGGCUACUCAUUCACCACAACGGCUGAGCGUGAGAUCGUACGUGAUAUCAAGGAGAAGCUUUGUUAUGUGGCGUUAGACUUCGAACAGGAAAUGCAAACUGCAGCCGCAUCUACGUCACUCGAGAAGUCAUACGAGCUUCCUGACGGUCAGGUCAUCACGAUCGGUAACGAGAGGUUCCGCUGUCCCGAGGCUCUCUUCCAGCCAUCCUUCCUCGGUAUGGAGUCCUGCGGCAUCCACGAAACGGUAUAUAACUCAAUCAUGAAGUGCGAUGUAGAUAUCCGUAAGGACUUGUACGCUAACACCGUCUUGUCCGGCGGUACCACCAUGUAUCCCGGUAUCGCUGAUAGGAUGCAAAAGGAGAUUACGGCUCUGGCGCCUUCUACGAUCAAAAUCAAGAUAAUCGCGCCGCCCGAGCGUAAGUACUCGGUCUGGAUCGGCGGCUCCAUCCUGGCAUCGCUGUCCACCUUCCAGCAGAUGUGGAUCUCCAAGCAGGAGUACGACGAGUCGGGCCCAGGCAUCGUGCACCGCAAGUGCUUCUAGACUCCGCGUCUCUAGUCUAGAGCUCAAACACCAUGUUCUUUUAUGCCACUUUUUUACAAUCAUUUAUAAAACUGUAUUUAUUUUAUAUUUCGGUCGGAGACUGCACGCUCUUGCGUUACAUGUAAGUGAGCUUAUGUAAGUUAAUGUGCUUUAAUUAUAAUUUUGUUACUA